AUGAGCAAAGUGGAAUAUCAGAAACUAGGUGCUUCAGGCUUAUCUAUUUCCCCUAUUAUUAUAGGUUGUAUGACAUUUGGAAAACAUCUAAAUUGGUGUAUUGACGAAGAAGAAAAUGUUAUGGAAAUUUUGAAGAGGUGUUAUGACAAUGGUUUAAGAACAUUUGAUACCGCAGAUGUCUAUUCGAACGGUGCAUCGGAAAUUCUUUUAGGUAAGUUUAUCAAGAAGUACAAUAUACCAAGAGAAAGAAUCGUGAUUUUGACGAAAGUUUGGGGUGCGAUGGACUAUAACGAUCCGGACUUUAACGCACAUAAUUUGGGCAGUGAUAAAUAUCCUGAAAUCAACUACGUUAAUUCUAAAGGGUUGUCCAGGAAACAUAUCCUUAAUGCGGUUGAGCAUUCCGUCAAGAAUUUGGGCACUUAUAUCGACGUAUACCAAAUUCAUAGAUUAGAUCACAGUACCCCAAAGGAUGAGAUUAUGAAAGCGUUACAUGAUGUUGUUGAAGGAGGAAAAGUGAGAUAUUUAGGAGCAUCUUCAAUGAAAGCUGUUGAAUUCGCGCAAUUGCAAUUUAUUGCUGAAAAAAAUGGCUGGACAAAGUUUAUUAGUAUGCAGAAUUAUUACAACCUUUUGUACCGUGAGGAAGAGCGAGAAAUGAUUCCUUUUUGCAAAGAGAACGACUUCGGGAAGAUUGCAAUCAUUCCUUGGUCGCCUAUUGCAAUGGGCCUUCUCGCACGUCCUGUGUCUGCUGAUGGAACUGAACGACUGAAAAAGGACCAAAUAUUUUCUCUAAUGGGAUUGAAUAAACCAACCGAAGCAGAUAAGGAGAUCAUAUACAGGGUUCAAAAGAUCGCAGAAAAGUACGAAGUAAGUAUGGCUGCAGUAGCCACAAGAUGGGUUCUAAGUAAGGGGGCAAACCCAAUAGUUGGAGUUAAUUCUUUGGAAAGAGUAGACGAUUUUGUGAAAGCAUUGAAUUUCGAAUUGACUGAAAGUGAAAUUUCUCUGUUAGAAGAACCUUAUGUUGCAAAGGCAACUCUUGCUAUGUGGUGA